UUGUUUCAUAGGUUGCCAGGCCCGUUUUCGAUUUUCAAACACCUAUCUUAAUUGACUUUUGCUUGGGUCUUCAAUUACCAUUAAUCAAAGAUCAUAUAAAAUUGAACACCUUUCCCAGCUGAACGUAACACCAGAAUCGACAUUUUAGAAGUCAUUCUCUGCUUCACCUGAACAUUCUACUCAUGAUGAUCCUUGCUGUGCGAUGUUAUUCUCAAUUAAUUUGCAGGCGAGGUUCUAAUCCCUGUUUAUAUUGAUCCUACCGGAAGUGAAACGAUUGAAAGCGAUCGAGAUGUAAUCAACCCCUAAAUGUAGGCCGAAAUCACGGAAUCAGAGUCUUCAUAGUGGAAUUUGUUUUGCCCUAAGGUGGAUAUGAACCGCAGUACGACUGUCCUUCUUCGUGACUUAGAAGACGACCAAAAAUCGCGAGAAAUUCAUGAGCUUCCAUUGUCGAUCUUUCGGCAAUUUUCAAGCAAGAACAAUGCGAAUCGCCCACGUUCCUCGACGAGUAUUCUUCGACGAAGCAUUUCAGAUUCAGUUGAAAGAAAUCUCUGUCACCGCGUGGGGCUGCAUCAGGCUUGUCGUGAAGGUAUUGUGGAUGUUGUUCGGACAUUGCUACAAGGGAGCGUACCAACUAUCAACACUUUAGACAAAGAAGGGUUCGCUCCACUCCACUACGCGGCUCGUUAUGACCGCGCAGGAAUUGUGCAGCUGCUCAUAAGUGCAGGCGCAGAUCUAAAUGUUUGCUCUGAUGGUGACAACAAGUUUACCACGCCACUGCAAAUAGCGGCAAGAUUCAACAGUCCUGACACAGCACACUUGCUGAUAUUAAAUGGAGCAGAUGUAGCAAAGCAAUCUAAUUAUGGUCAGCAGGCUUUACAUUACGCUGCAAGACGAGGAAACUUGAAAGUUGUUCAGGUUUUGCUGAGAGAAGGGAAUGCCAAGGCUAAUGCCACCGACAACGAGAAUUCCACUCCUCUACACGCCGCCUCUCAAGAAGGAAAACUGAAUGUAGUCGAGAUUCUGGUGAGGAGAGAUUUCGCUUGUCGUGAAGGUAUUGUGGAUGUUGUUCGGACAUUGCUACAAGGGAGCGUACCAACUAUCAACACUUUAGACAAAGAAGGGUUCGCUCCACUCCACUACGCGGCUCGUUAUGACCGCGCAGGAAUUGUGCAGCUGCUCAUAAGUGCAGGCGCAGAUCUAAAUGUUUGCUCUGAUGGUGACAACAAGUUUACCACGCCACUGCAAAUAGCGGCAAGAUUCAACAGUCCUGACACAGCACACUUGCUGAUAUUAAAUGGAGCAGAUGUAGCAAAGCAAUCUAAUUAUGGUCAGCAGGCUUUACAUUACGCUGCAAGACGAGGAAACUUGAAAGUUGUUCAGGUUUUGCUGAGAGAAGGGAAUGCCAAGGCUAAUGCCAUCGACAACGAGAAUUCCACUCCUCUACACGCCGCCUCUCAAGAAGGAAAACUGAAUGUAGUCGAGAUUCUGCUGGAGUAUGGUGCAGACCCCAGUAUGAGUGAUAAUGAUGGAUACACCGCAGUACAUCUGGCAGCUAAAGAGGGGCAUGAUGGCGUGCUAGAAAAAUUGCUCUCCACAGCCAGUCAUGUCGGUGUUUCGUGUUCCGCCAUUCUGAAUAAAAUGGACAACGAUGCCAAUUCGUGUCUUCACUUGGCAGUUCAACAUGGCCACAUCAAGGCAGCUGAGGUUUGCAUAAAAUAUGGAGCUGAUACCUGUGCUCUGCAGGAUGAUUUGUGUUCCCCUCUUCAUGUAGCGUGUGUGAACAGUCAUUAUGCAAUGGCCAAACUUCUCCUGAUGAACGGGGCGUCAAUUCAUGAUGAAGAUGCUGAUGGAAUGACACCUAUCUUAAGGGCAAGCUUGGCAGGGAAUGUGGACAUCAUCGAACUUCUUCUGUCAAAGUGUGGGCCUUCACCAUUAAUGUGUGCUGUGAAAAGAGGUCAUCACUACGCUGUCAAAUUUCUCCUGCAGCAAGGAUCACCGAUUGAACUGCGAGACUUCAAUCACAGAACAUGUUUACACGUGGCUGUUUACAGCUCUGAGACAGAGACGCUGAAAACACUUAUUCAGGCCGGAGGAGAAUGCUUGUUAAACAGCAGGGAUAAAAAUGAUAAGACACCUCUUCACUACGCAGCGACAAAAGGAAAUUUACAGAUUAUACAAGAGCUUUUGAUAGCUGGUGCAACAUUGGACAUCAAAGACGAAGACGAGAGGAUUUCACUACAUUACGCAGUAGAAAAUGGCGAUCUUGCCUGUGUCCAAGCGUUGUUAGAAGCUUGUCCAGACACUAUUCACAUGACCGACUUUCGUCUUCAAAACUGUUUGCAUUUUGCCGCUACGCACGGUCAUAUCUCUGUGGCCAAAUAUCUUCUGGAACAAGGGGCCGCUGUUGAUAGCAGAGACGAUGAACGCUUGACACCAUUGAUUCAGGCAGCGUUUUGUGGUUGUAAGUUAACUACGGGUUUGUUGCUUGACCAAGGAGCUAAAAUCGAUGCUACAGACAAAAACGGGUGUACGGCGUUGAUUGCUGCGGCGACGCAAGGCAAGGUGGGCGUUUUACGCCUUUUGCUGGAUAGAGGAGCAGACCUCCGACUCAUGACAACAGAUGGUAAAAACUGCUUGGAAUCUGCAAUAUCAAAUGGACAUCAUGACGUUUGCAUGGAGAUUAUCAAACACGACAGGUGGAAGGAGGCUUUUCCAAAGUGCAGCAAGGAAUCCAGCUUCAUUCCCUUGAAGCGUUUAAUUGAAACUUUUCCUCUUCUAGCAAAGGUUGUGAUGGAUAAGUGCAUUAAAACCUCCGAACACCUGACUUCAGACGAGAAUUACUCGGUAACUUAUGAUUUUGAACACGUGAAUCCUGAUCCCUCUCUCCUCAGUGACGGAUGUGGCUUCUUUGCACCUAAGACCAUGCUGGACUAUGGACGAGAAGAGUUAAUUUUUCAUCCACUCACUGUCGAGCUUAUGCGAUGUAAAUGGAAGCAAAUUGGUGUCAGGUUCUUUUACAUCUCUGCUCUGAUUUACAUAUUUUACCUGGCUAACUUGACACUGUACAUGUUAUGCAUCCAAGAUCUUUACUUGCUCAAUCCUGGCAGACCAGUCAUUCCGGUCAAACAGGGAGCUUGCAUCACUGACAACAUAAAAGUCUGGGAAAUGGUUAUAACCGUCACGACUGCAAUUUAUUUGCUGAUAGAAGUGCAUCAAGCAUGCUCUGAAAAAUGGCGAUACAUUGAAACAAGCAACGUAGUUGAAGUCUGUACGUUUUCCACGGCACUUAUUUCCCCGUUUUCUGAAGUGCUCGGUCUUCAACCUUCUUAUCAAUACGUUUUUCUUGUGAUCUCCGUGCUGUUCGGCUAUCUCACUCUUCUGAUGUAUUUGCAAAGUAUUUUUGAGUCUGGGAUUCAUGUUACCAUGCUUUUUGUUGUGCUGAAGACGUUAGGCAAGGUAGCAAUAAUGUUUUGCAUCUUGAUUUUUGCCUUUGCCUUGGUGUUCCAAAUGCUCCUCUCUAGGGAAGCAAAUGCUGUUGCUUUUAACAUGACGCUAAAUGGCACUUUAUUGGAGGAGAUUGAAAAGGAUCCAUUUGGAAGAUUGGACUUGUCAAUAAUCAAGGUGGUUGCCAUGACGAUUGGUGAAAUUGAGUACACACGCUUCUUUACUGAUCAACAGCUGUUCUCCCCGACUUUUAGCCGUGUUGUGUUUUUGACUUUCUGUGUCAUGAUGCCUAUUGUCCUGAUGAAUUUGACGAUCGGUCUUGCUGUUGGUGACAUCGAUUCAAUCCAGCAGAAUGCAGAAUACAAGCGUCUGUCUGUCAAGAUCGAAGUCAUUCACAACUUUAAAGAAAAGUUGCCACUAUGGCUCCUUCAUCGGCUACAUCAGUCCGAGUCUGUUAGAAGACCGAACAUGAAGGCCAAAACUAUGUUUCAGAAAAUUAAGGGACUUGGGGACAGGUUGGUCAGCGGAAAAACAAAAUAUUCAGUUGAAGACGCGGAAAGAAACUUGGUUGAUCAUCUGACCAAUAUUUUUAACUCAAAAAUGAAGGAACAAGACAAAAGAAUUAAUUCCCUAUUCAGCGAGAUGAAGGACCAACGAAUGAUACUGGAGAAGAUGUACCAAGUUAUCUCUCAGAAUGACGCCACAACAACUUUGAACGACGAUUAACUUAGCAAUAAGAUUUAAAAAU